AUGAGCUCUCCGUUGCGAUAUGGCUCGCCGAGUUCCAGAGGAAAUGACACUCCGAGGAGGUUGAAUGACACGCCUCGAUCUUUGAGGAAUGCCGGCACGCCUCACAGGCAGCGACCUGACAUUCAAACAGACAGGGUGGGACUGAGAGUCAAUUUGAAUGAAGAUGGUGGUGAGGGAGGGAGGAGAGGAGGAGGAGAUGAGGUGGAUGGUGCUCCCCAUGUCGUCAUCUGGGGGACUGAUGUCUCCAUUGAUAAGUGCAAAGCCAAGUUUAGAAGGUUUGUUGAGUCUUAUGUGGAGAGAACUAUAGACAUAGAUGAACAGUUUGAUGGCAUGGAUAUUGAUGAGCCAAUAUACAUGCAGAGGCUUGAUGAGAUAUCGUUGACAGGAGAGCCAUUCUUGAACUUCAACUGUGACCAUUUGAAAUUGUUUGAUAGUGACCUCUACAGACAGUUGGUAUGCUAUCCCCAGGAAGUCAUUCCCAUCUUUGAUGUGGCAGUCAAUGAAAUAUUCCUCUCAAAGUACCCUGAUGGUGCUCUCGAACAUCAAAUUCAAGUGCGACCUUACAAUGCAACAAAAUCGAAAAGUAUGAGGUCAUUGAACCCGGAAGAUAUCGAUCAGCUGAUCACAAUCAGUGGUAUGGUCAUCAGGACUUCAUCACUCAUUCCUGAAAUGAGAGAGGCUUUCUUCCAGUGCCACAUAUGUCAGCAGACAGAGAGUGUUGAGAUAGAGAGAGGUCGCAUCUGCGAACCAACCUUGUGCAACAACUGCAACACCAACCACUCCUUCCAACUCAUUCACAAUCGAUCACUCUUCACUGACAAGCAGAUGGUUAAGUUGCAAGAGUCUCCAGAGGACAUGCCAGCAGGGCAAACCCCACACACGAUGGUCAUAUUUGCCCAUGGUGACCUGGUUGAUCGUGUGCAGCCGGGAGAUCGGGUGACCAUCACGGGUAUCUACAGGGCUACUCCACUCAGGGUCAACCCUAGACAGAGAAAUGUCAUGUCAGUCUACAAGACACAUUUUGAUGUUGUACAUUACAGAAAGAUGGAUUUGAAACGACUCCAUGAGAACAGAGAUGAGAGUGGGAAAGAACUGCAUCUUUCCGAUGAACGAAUUGCUUAUUUGAAGGAACUUUCUAAGAAGGAAGGCAUAUAUGAGAGGCUGGCAUCUGCUCUUGCUCCCAGCAUAUACGAGAAUGUUGACAUAAAGAAGGGCAUACUUCUUCAAUUGUUCUCUGGCACCAGGAAGGAAUUCACAGAUGCUGGCAGGGGCCGCUUCAGAUCUGAUGUAAACAUUUUGUUGUGUGGAGAUCCAGGCACGAGCAAGUCCCAACUGCUUCAGUACAUCUACUCACUUGUUCCUCGUGGUCAGUACACAUCAGGAAAAGGUUCAAGUGCUGUGGGAUUGACCGCUUAUGUUACCAAAGAUACUGAAACCAAACAGCUCGUUUUGCAAACAGGUGCACUUGUUUUGAGUGACAAUGGUGUUUGCUGCAUCGACGAGUUUGACAAGAUGAAUGAGAGCACAAGAUCCGUCCUCCAUGAAGUUAUGGAGCAACAAACACUUUCAAUAGCAAAAGCCGGCAUCAUUUGUUCAUUGAAUGCUCGGACGUCCAUCUUAGCUGCUGCCAAUCCUAUUGAAUCAAAGUGGAACAAAAACAAGACUAUCAUUGAGAACAUCCAACUUCCUCACACAUUGUUAUCCAGGUUUGAUCUGAUUUUCCUAAUCCUUGAUCCUCAAGACGAAAUUUUUGACAGAAAACUUGCGUAUCAUCUGAUCUCAUUGUACUACAAGAGCCAGGAUGAUCAAGAAAAUGAAUACAUGGACAUGGAGACACUGAAAGAUUAUAUUGCCUAUGCACGAGCAUUUGUUCAUCCUGUCAUCAGUGAGACAGCAGGGCAAGUACUUGUUGAAUCAUACGUUGAAAUGAGGAAGGUAGGAAGUGGUCGGGGUCAAGUGUCUGCCUACCCUCGUCAACUGGAAUCUCUCAUUCGCUUGGCCGAGGCACAUGCCAGGAUGAGGUUGUCUGAUACCGUCGAAGUUGAGGACGUGCAAGAGGCGAGAAGAUUGCAUCGCGAGGCUCUGAUGCAAGCAGCUGUAGACCCGUCAACAGGCAAGAUCGACAUUUCCAUCCUGACCACUGGAAUCACGGGAGUGGCUAGGAAACAAAGAGCUGAAAGAGCUUCUGUCCUACUCAACAUCAUUAAAACAAAGGGCAAGACUCUGACCUUGAGGUACAAUCAACUUUAUGAAGAGUUCAAAGAAAGGAUGUACACUUCGUAUGAAACGUUCGACAAUGCUCUGAGAGACCUUCAAGAUGAUAAUGAAAUUAUCAGAACGGGAAACAACAUUAGAAGGACAAAUUUGUAA